GGCUGGAGAGCCCAUCCCAUGCCCUGAGAGCCGAUGCUGAUCCCUGGGCCAGUUCUGCCACCACCACCUGCGUCACCCUGGCUGAGCCCCACCGCUAUGACAGGGACCUGGAGAUCAUCCUCUACCCUUGUGAGCCCCACCAUCCCCACCUGGUGAUUGAGGACGGCACCAUGACAUACCCCGAGUACGAGGCGCAUAUCCGGAGCCGCCGGGAUUAUGUGCGGAUUGCCAGGAAGGACUGCAGUGGCGAAAGACAGGUGGCUUUUGUGCAGAGGCGUUUCCACAAAGACAUCUUCCCCAACCCUGUGCUCAUGUUGAACUUCUGCCCGGAGGCGGAGGGUGUCCCUGGGGACCUGCAGAGCGUCACCCGCGAGUUCAUCUUCCUCAUCGACCGCAGUGGCACCACGAGCAGGCCUGACCUUGACAAGGUCAAGGAGGCUUUGCUGGUGGCCCUGAAGAGCCUACCGUCAGGGACACUGCUCAAUGUCGCCAGCUUUGGCGCUGAUGUCAAGCCACUCUUCCCGUCCAGUCGCCUCUGCAGCAACGAGACUCUGCAGCGUGCCUGUGAGCACCUCACUGGGCUGCAGGUGGACACGGGCAGCACCAACUUGCUGGCAGCCCUGGGCUGGGCGCUGGCACAGCCCCUCCACCAUGGCUACCCCCGUCAGCUCUUCCUCUUCACGGGCACAGCAGCAGGCAACACAGGCAGGAUCCUCCGGCUCGUGCGCAGGCAGGCCAGCACCAUCAGGUGCUUCAGCUUUGGCAUGGGCCCACGGGCAUGCCGGCGGCUGCUGAAGGGCAUGGCCAAGGUGAGCCGGGGCCGUGCCGAGUUCCUGAGCCCAGCUGAGAGGCUGCAGCCCAAGCUGAUCAAGUCCCUGAAGAAGGCAAUUGAGCCAGGCAUCAGUGACAUCACCAUCGACUGGUACGUCCCUGACAGCAUGGAGGCUCUGCUCUCGCCCACGGAGCUCCCAGCACUCUACCCCGGCGACCGCCUCGUCAGCUACUGUGUCCUCUACAGCAUCGCCCGCUUCAGUGACAGGCGUUCACCAGGCCGGGAAGCAGUUCACCGAGGCUCCCGGGCCUCAGCCUUUCCCUCCCAGGAGGAGGUGCCCAGUCCUGCAGGGAGCUGUCAGCCUCCCCGGAGCAACCCAGGAUCUGGAGAUGCCUCCCUGGAGCUUUUUGCUGGGAGUACAGAGGUGUCAGAGCGGAGUGUGGAUCCCAUUUCGGGGGGAGACAUCUGGAAGCGGAUUUACCAGCCCUCCUACAUCCAGGAGCAGUACGUCCUGACACAUUGCUCCGUCAGCACUGAUUGCAGCCAGGGACUGCUCUCCCGCAGCUCCACCAGCAGUGAGUCCACUGGCUCCCGCGACGUGGCCCCUGAGGCCUCUGGUGCAGAUGUCGCCUCCCAGAAGGGCCAGAAGAGCCUGUCCCUCUGCGAGUCCUCCACCAAAUCUGCCCCGUUGCCCUCUGCCCCAACUGGCACCAAGGUGAUGGUGGCCCUGAGCACGGAGGAGCUGGCACGGCAGAAGAAGGCGCUGGCACGCACUGCCCUGGCUGGCCGCAGCUUUUCCACGCCGCAUGGAGAACUGGAUGCCCAUCGGCUCCGCCGGGCCCUGGAGAAAGUGUCGCAGAAGAGGAACCAGUCCCUGGAGGGGCGGCUGGACGAGCUGGGACCCCAGGCACAGCAAAUGCAUCCCAGCACGGUGGAAUCAA